AUGCUCGCACGCUCUUCCCCGCUGCUCCAGACCAGAUCGUUGUCCUCACGCCUGAUGAGCUCCCUGUCGCCGCUGCUGUCGACGGAGCAGGCCCAAAGCCUUUCGCAGAGCGGCGAGCGUCGCGUGCGCUUCCUGGACGCGUCCUGGUACCUGGACAAGAGCCGCGAUGCCAAGCAGGAAUUCACCUCGGAGCGACUGCCAGGCGCCCAGUUCUUCGACAUUGAGCAGAUCUCCGACACGACGUCCACUCUGCCGCACAUGCUGCCGAAGACGGAGACGUUUGAGCACGCCAUGAUGUACCUCGGAGUGGAGAAUGACGACACGGUUAUUGUCUAUGGGGGCAAGCACUGCUUCAGCCCGGCGCGUUGCUGGUGGACGUUCAAGUACUUUGGCCACGACAACGUCCACAUCCUUAACGGCGGCAUCACCAAGUGGAAGAAGGAGAAACGCGAGAUCGAGACUGGUGAACCCGAACAGGUGGUGGCUGGAGCGUCUUACAAGGCCCAACCCAACGAGAAGCUUGCGGUCUCGUGGGAGGACGUACUGGCCAAGAUCGACACGGAUACGCAGAUCGUUGACGCUCGUGGAGCCCCGCGAUUCUACGCCAAGGAGCCUGAACCGCGUCCUGGCAUGCGUGGCGGCCACAUCCCGGGGUCUGUUAACGUUCCGUUCGGCAAGAUUGUCAGCCCAGACGACUACUCGCUUUUCCGCGACCUGGCUGAGAUCAAGAAUGCCUUUGCCGAAGCGAAUGUGAAAAUGGACGAAACUAGCCCGAUCAUCACGACCUGUGGCUCUGGUGUGACUGCGAGUGUCUUGACGCUAGGGCUGCACUUGUCCGGCAAGCCGUUGGAGAAGGCUCCCGUAUACGACGGCUCGUGGUCGGAGUGGGGCAUGCGUAGCGAUCUCCCCGUUGAAACUGAAGCCAAGUAA